GCCGUUAUUAGUUGUUUGUAUUGUACCUUCAGUUUUGUAGGCAGGCAACACUUCUAUCAAAACACGUUCAUCAGUUUGAUAAACUGCGAGUGAAAAGUGUGGAGCUGGAGCAAAAACGAGUGAAGGAUUUUUUCAUUGUGAAUUGUGAUCUAAAACACGUGUAGUUAAGUGAUGAAUAUACCAAAAUGAUAUGAAUUGCAUGAUUGCACGAAUUUUUCAAUCUGUCGUGUUGCAAAAAGUGGAUUGGGUUUUGCUGUUACCUAUUGUAAACUUGAAAUCCAGAACCAUUUUUGAAAUAUAUCGGACCUGAUCUCCCAUACCUACUUAUAGAGAUGAGCCAGUCAACUUCGUCCUCUCAACCAUCUGCGUUGAAUUCAGAAACCGGAGCCUCAAUUAAAAAUGAACGUUGUCUCGUCGAUGUCAAAUGGGGAGAAUUCUCUUAUAUAUGGACAAUCAAACAUUUUGAACAUUUUCAUUGCAAAAUGAAUGAAGUUCUGAAAUCGACAGUAUUUAAAAUCCCCACGUAUCCUGAAUAUGAGUGGUACUUGAGAUUGGAACUUAAAAAUGUUAAGCCUGAUAAGAGUGAUUAUUUCGCAGUAUAUUUGUGCCUUGAAAAAGGCCUCACCGAGAGCAUGUUAGUUGGAGCGAAAUUCUAUUUUUUGGAUGGUAAAGGAAAGGAAGAAAAUGUUCAUCAGUAUUGCGAAAUAUUCAAACCAGGUACAAAAGAAUCUACUUGGGGAUACGCAUCAUUUAUUUCAAAAACAGCAUUACUGAAACCAAAUCCAGGCCAAGAAAUAUUACACGAAGAUACGUUGACAGUUGUAUGUGAACUGAAAAUCGCUACAUCAAACAGCACAACCAUCGAAACAGUGCAGCGGUGUAGUGCAAAACCAACGAUUUCUGAGAGUGAUGUUUUAAAGAGUUUGGAACGCUUAUUGCUUAAUCAAGACUUGAUAGACGUAACAUUUUCACUGAAUGAUAAGAAGUUCGGUGCUCACAAGAUCAUUUUAGCGGCGCGUAGUUCCGUUUUCGCCGCAAUGUUCAAACACGAUAUGGAAGAAAAUCAACUCAACAUCGUAGAUAUUCCGGACAUGAAACCUGAAGUGUUUAAAGCAUUUCUACAGUAUUUGUACACCGAUAAAACUCCAGAUCCAGGGAUGGCACGUGAAUUACUUGUAGCAGCUGAGAAAUAUGAUGUUAAUAGUCUGAAACUACUUUGCGAAGAAAUGUUGUUGGAGGAUUUGUCUGAAGAAAACGCAACUGAUGUUUUAGUGUUUGCUGAUCUACAUCUGGCUGAACACUUGAAGAAGCAAGUCAUAUUUUGCAUUAAAACGCACUUUGCUAGGAUCACUUCAACUCAGUCAUGGAAAAAUACAAUUUUGGCACAUCCUCAUUUAUUCGAUGAAGUGAAUGGCGUAAAUAGACCUUCGGUUUUGCCCAAUCUUCCGGUUCCAUCGUCGAGUAUUGAUGAAACUUCGAUCAAGCGACGACGUACCGGACCUAUUCGUACAUUUGCCAAGAAAAAAAUCUAAAAAAAUAUCUUAAUGUCAAUUUUUGUAUCAUCAUUAUUUUUUUCAUAGUUUGUUACUUAUUUUUUAAUCAGUUAUUUAACAACGUUUUCUACUCAU